AGCAAAGAAGCAUAGAGAGCUGGAGAGAGUCUGGCAACGUGCGAGGCGCUUCGGUCGCUUCGGUUGCCUUCGUUUCUUUCUCCAUGUGUUUUGGCACGUGGUGACCAUCCGCGGCGGCUCUAACGCUUUCUGGGUUAACAUUUGAUAAGUGCCAUGAGCAGAGGCUUCGGUGGGGGUGGAAACUUCCGUGGAGGCCAUGGAGGCUUCCGUGGUGGUAGCGGUGGCGGCUUUCGUGGUGGCAGCGGCGGUGGCUUCCGUGGAGGCCGCGGCGGUGGUGAUCGGGGUGGAUUUGGAGGUCGUGGUGGAGGCCGUGGUGGCAGAGGUGGCUUUGGCGGUGGUUUUCGGAGCUUUGACCAAGGGCCACCGGAAGAGGUUAUUGAGUUUGCUUACCUGAGUCACCCAUGCCAGGACGACUUGGUGGCUAAAGUGACUGACGAGCGGGUGCCUUUCUUCAAUGCUCCACUUUACUUGGAAAACAAGCAGCAGAUCGGCAAAGUUGAUGAGAUCUUUGGUCCUAUCAAGGACUACUUUGUCUCAAUCAAGCUUCAGGAGGAUGUAAAGGCCAGUUCCUUCAGCAAGAAGCAGAAGUUCUACAUAGACCCCCGCAAGCUGACACCACUAGCAAAAUAUCUACCGGGCGCCCAACAGAACCGUGGCGGAAGAGGUGGUGGGGGCAGAGGUGGAGGCCGUGGUACACCCCGUGGACGUGGUGGAUUUGGUGGCGGUGGAUUUGGAGGCCGGGGAGGCGGAGGAUUUGGAGGCCGGGGAGGCGGAGGAUUUGGAGGCCGGGGUGGCGGAGGAUUUGGAGGCCGGGGAGGCGGUGGAUUUGGAGGCCGGGGAGGCGGAGGAUUUGGAGGCCGGGGUGGCGGUGGAUUUGGAGGCCGGGGUGGCGGAGGAUUUGGGGACAGGGGAGGAGGUGGGGGUGGAUUUAGAGGAAGAGGUGGCUUUGGAAGCAGGGGGUUCUCCAGGUCAUGAUCUAACAGCUGUUGCUUCAGGUCAAAGCAACACUUGGCAUUGUAUAGGAACAGUUCUUUCUAAACUGUGUCAUCUUGUUUUUCAAAUGAGUGCACCUAUGAAUAAAGGUGCCCCACCACCACAACCACCAUUUUUAACAUG